AUGAAUGUAAUCGGAAUAUUCAAAAUUGUUCAAUAUAUUACUGUGGAAAUUCUUUUAUUAUAUGUGUCAUUAAUUGAAGUUACACGAAAUGUAUAUAAAACAAAUAUGAAUAUUUCAGUUAAAAAUGGUUCUAUGGCUGAAUUAUCAUGUCCAAUAGAUAUUGUUCUAACUAGAAAGGAACUGGAAACAUUAACAUGGAUUCGAGCACCACGACAACUUCUUACAAAGGGUGUUUAUAGGGUUACUGAAAAUCCUAGAGUAUUCCUAGCACCUAUGGAUCUUUUAAAAACCAAAGCUUUAAGUUUAUUCUUACGACCAACACUACCAGACGAUGAAGGAGAAUAUAGAUGUACACUUACUUUAAAAGAUAGAAUUCAUAUUCAUACCGUAUCCCUAAACAUUUCAGUCCCUCCAAUCAUUAUUAAAUCUCCUGUUCCAUACUUAAAAGUUGAUGAAGGUUCAUCACUUGAGCUAAAUUGUCUAGCGACAGGAAAUCCACCACCUCAAGUAACAUGGAAAGUUUUUUCCAAUCCACUAUUAAACGAUGAUAAAACUGAUAAAAAAUUAUUACCAAUUUAUGAUGCAUUUUCUGGAUUAGGAGUGCCUAUUAAUCAUCAUAACGGCACUCUAAUUAUUGGUAAAUUACACAGGAAAAUGAAUCAACGUUUUCUGUGUAUAGCAGCUAAUGGUGUUCAACCGGAUGACCAAAGAGAAGUAUUCCUAUCAGUACGAUUUUCACCAGAAGUCAAAAUGACUAAUCGUAUUAUCAAGCAAGGCAUUGGUAUGAAUACAGUGUUAACAUGUCAAGUCAGUGCACAUCCACCUGGAUCCAUACGAUGGCUUUUUAAUCAUCAUUAUCCUAUAACAGCUACAAGUUGUGAUGUUAUGACAAAUUCAGAGAAGAAAUAUUGCUUACAGGAGCAUAGACCACAAUCAUAUAAUAGUUUAUCAGCAAUCACAUCAAAAUUGGCUAUUUUUAAUUUAAAAGUAGGAGAUUUUGGUGAUUAUGUUUGUUCAGUUAGUACAAUUAUGGGUGAAUCAUUUGGAGUGACGACUUUACAACGGUUUAAAACUGAACGUUUUGGUACUGAUUUAGCACAAAUAAUGCAUCAAAAACAAAUUGAAAGAUUACCAGAUAAACAGGUUACUCGUGACAGGAUAUCCAACUCGGAUGAUAAUUACAAUAAAUACCUAAAACAUACAGGAUUGUCAGAAAAUAAAUUUUAUCAAAGACCAAUAGAUACUCAAAAUGCUGUUGCGAAUGCUACAUUCACUGUUCAACUGUAUAUAAAACUGCUACUGUUGUUCAACAUGCUGACUGUUAUCCCAUACUUUUUAUAUUUUUAA